AUGGCGUGCAGCCUCAAGGACGAGCUGCUGUGCUCCAUCUGUCUGAGCAUCUACCAGGACCCGGUGAGCCUGGGCUGCGAGCACUACUUCUGCCGCCGCUGCAUCACCGAGCAUUGGGUGCGGCAGGAGGCGCAGGGCGCCCGCGACUGCCCCGAGUGCCGGCGCACGUUCGCCGAGCCCGCGCUGGCGCCCAGCCUCAAGCUGGCCAACAUCGUGGAGCGCUACAGCGCCUUCCCGCUGGACGCCAUCCUCAACGCGCGCCGCGCCGCGCGACCCUGCCAGGCGCACGACAAGGUCAAGCUCUUCUGCCUCACCGACCGCGCGCUGCUCUGCUUCUUCUGCGAUGAACCCGCGCUGCACGAGCAGCACCAGGUCACCGGCAUUGACGACGCCUUCGAGGAGUUGCAGGCCCCAUGUGUGUUUCAGAGGGAACUGAAGGAGCAGCUCCAGGCCCUUCAGGACAGCGAGCGGGAGCACACCGAGGCGCUGCAGCUGCUCAAGCGACAGCUGGCGGAGACCAAGUCCUCUACCAAAAGCCUGCGGACCACCAUCGGUGAGGUCUUCGAGCGGCUACACCGGCUGCUGCGUGAGCGGCAGAAGGCCAUGCUGGAGGAGCUGGAGGCGGACACGGCCCGCACACUGACUGACAUUGAGCAGAAAGUCCAGCGCUACAGCCAGCAGCUGCGCAAAGUGCAGGAGGGGGCCCAGAUCCUGCAGGAGCGGCUGGCCGAAACUGACCGCCACACCUUCCUGGCCGGGGUGGCCUCACUGUCUGAGCGGCUCAAGGGGAAAAUCCAUGAGACCAACCUGACAUACGAAGACUUCCCAACCUCCAAGUACACGGGGCCCCUGCAGUACACCAUCUGGAAGUCCCUCUUCCAGGACAUCCACCCAGUGCCAGCCGCCCUGACCCUGGACCCAGGCACUGCCCACCAGCGCCUGAUCCUGUCCGAUGACUGUACCAUCGUGGCCUAUGGCAACCUGCACCCACAGCCACUGCAGGACUCGCCAAAGCGCUUUGAUGUGGAGGUGUCGGUGCUGGGCUCCGAGGCCUUCAGUAGCGGUGUCCACUACUGGGAGGUGGUGGUGGCAGAGAAGACCCAGUGGGUGAUCGGGCUGGCACAUGAGGCUGCGAGCCGCAAGGGCAGCAUCCAGAUCCAGCCCAGCCGCGGCUUCUACUGCAUUGUCAUGCACGACGGCAACCAGUACAGCGCCUGCACGGAGCCCUGGACGCGGCUCAAUGUCCGGGACAGGCUCGACAAGGUGGGUGUCUUCCUGGACUACGACCAGGGCUUGCUCAUCUUCUACAAUGCCGACGACAUGUCCUGGCUCUAUACCUUCCGCGAGAAGUUCCCCGGCAAGCUCUGCUCCUACUUCAGCCCUGGCCAGAGCCACGCCAAUGGCAAGAACGUUCAGCCACUGCGGAUCAACACUGUCCGCAUCUAG